GGUGCCACCUUUGCUUAAUGGCUAUUACUUCCGGAGUCAAACUCAUUGCAAUUGUCCGAGGCGGCCUCACAUUUUUUAGUUAAAGGAUAGUUCAAAAGCAACAAAAAUGCCGCGUAUUAUGAUAAAAGGUGGUGUUUGGCGAAACACUGAGGAUGAGAUUUUGAAAGCGGCUGUUAUGAAAUAUGGCAAGAACCAAUGGGCACGAAUCGCCUCCCUUCUUCAUCGAAAAUCUGCUAAGCAGUGCAAAGCAAGAUGGUUUGAGUGGCUUGAUCCAAGUAUUAAGAAGACAGAAUGGAGUCGGGCUGAAGAUGAAAAACUUCUUCAUCUUGCCAAGCUGAUGCCUACCCAGUGGCGCACUAUAGCGCCCAUCGUCGGCCGUACAGCAGCACAAUGUCUAGAGCGAUAUGAGCUUCUUUUGGAUAAAGCUCAAAACAGAGAAACUGAUGCAGAGGAUGACCCACGCAAGCUCAAGCCUGGCGAAAUUGAUCCAAACCCUGAGACCAAACCAGCACGACCUGAUCCUGUGGACAUGGAUGAAGAUGAACUCGAAAUGCUGUCUGAAGCUCGUGCUCGUCUAGCAAACACUCAAGGCAAAAAAGCAAAGCGCAAGGCUCGUGAAAAACAGCUAGAAGAAGCAAGGCGCCUGGCAGCACUGCAGAAGCGGCGAGAGCUGAGAGCUGCAGGAAUUGAUUCGGCAAAAAAAAGAAAGAGAAAGAGGGGAGUGGACUACAAUGCAGAAAUUCCAUUUGAAAAGAAACCAGCUCCUGGAUUCUAUGACACUUCACAAGAGACAUAUAAUCCUCUGGACCCAAAUUACAAGCGCCUCAGACAGCAAAAUCUAGAUGGAGAGCGACGUUCUGAUAAAGAAGAGAGAGAUCGACACAAGGACAAGCAGAAGCAGAAAAAGAGAAAAGAGAAUGAUUUGCCUGGUGCUAUUGCUGCACAAACAAACUUUCAAGAGCCUGCAAAAAAAAGAAGCAAACUGGUGUUGCCAGCCCCACAGAUCUCUGAUGGUGAACUAGAAGAGGUGGUGAAACUUGGGUUGGCCAGUGAGUAUGCUCGUCAACAGGUGGAGGAAGCUGGUCGAGAGGACUCUGCAGCCAAGGGUCUGUUGCAGGACUACAGUUCCACGACAAAUGUGGCUGGCCUGCGCACACCCCGUACUCCAGCUACGCAUGACAGUAUUUUGCAGGAGGCACAGAACAUCAUGGCUUUGACAAAUGUCGACACACCACUCAAGGGAGGCUUGAACACACCCUUGCAUGACAGUGACUUCAGUGGCACAACACCUCGACCUCACACUGUACAAACACCCAACACAGUCUUAGGAACGCCAUUUCGCACACCUGCUGGAGGAGAUGCAGCUGCCGGAGGUUUGACUCCACGUGGAGCAUUGACACCACUCAAUCGACCUGGCACAGAUGCCAGUGGUGCAGCAACCCCCAGCCAGACACCUCUGCGAGACAAGCUGAACAUAAACACAGUGGAUGAAGAUGCCACAAUGCAGGGCAAAUUCUAUCAGAAUAGCCUGAAGAUGGGGCUGUCCUCUCUGCCAGCUCCCAAAAAUGACUACGAGAUUGUGGUGCCCGAAGAUGAGAUAGGGGCAGAAGGUGCUUCCAUGGAGACAGAUCAUCUUGAAGACCAGGCAGAUAUUGACGCCAAACACCAGGCAGAGCUGGAGAAGCAUCAUCAAGAGGAAAUGCGGCGCCGAUCGCAGGCUGUGCAGCGAGACCUGCCACGACCUACGGAAAUUAACCCAGCCAUGCUUCGCCCAAUGGGCCCCAAUGAUCCUCCACUCACAGACCUUCAGAGGGCAGAAGAGCUGAUUAAAGAGGAGAUGUUGACCAUGUUGCACUUUGAUGCUGUGCAUUCACCCACCCUGCAGCAGAUGGGCCUCGCACCCGGGAUGAAAAAGCCUCCAGGCCAAAAAAGUAUAAUAAACCAGGCUCAACACUUGGCCUUCCUGGAGCAGCAUCCAUUUGUCAAGCAUAAGGAUGAAGACCUUCAGAAGGCUCGAGAGAUGAUCCAGGCAGAGAUGAAGGUGGUUAAGGAGGGUAUGGGUCAUGGUGACCUCUCUCAGGAGGCAUUCUGCCAGGUGUGGGAUGAGUGCUAUGCCCAAGUUCUCUUUCUUCCCACACAAAACCGCUACAUCCGUGCCUCUCUGGCCAGCAAAAAAGACCGUAUUCAGUCUCUUGACAAGCGCCUGGAGAACAAUCGAAACCACAUGACAAGGGAUGCAAAGCAUGCAGCAAAGCUUGAAAAGAAAUUGAAAAUUCUUCUUGGUGGCUAUCAGUCACGAGCGCAGGGUUUAAUGAAGCAGCUGAAUGAUCUGUCAGACCAGCUAGAACAGACAUACCUGGAGUUAAAGACCUUUGAAGACUUGCGCCAGCAUGAAAUAGGUGCUAUUCCAAAGCGCAUGGAGUCCUUGAAGGAAGAUGUACAAAGACAAAUGGAAAGAGAGCGAGAACUUCAGAAGCGCUACGGAGAACUACAGCACAAACGAGACAUAAGCUACAGAUGAGAACCUGUGGCUGGAGAAAUGAUAAAGCUUGUUUUUGACUCACACUGUGCAGAAAAUGUAGCUAGGUGAUGCCAUCACUGAUACAUAGUGCAUAGUCUAAUUUCUGCCUACUAACUUCAACAUCAUUGGUUGCUAUGUGUCAUGCUUGCAUUCAAGGAUUUUUAUGUUCAUGCUUAUACUGGAACAGUUUGGUGUUUAGAUUUUUUUUUUUGUACUUGAAGAUCCAUCACCAGAAGAUUCAUCACGAAUGAUUUGUGCACAGCUUGACCAUGGCGACUUAGACAAUCUGUCAUAACUCGAGCAGCUUCUCUGUCAUUCCUCUCAUUCUAGUCCCUGGUGUCUAGGUAGAGUAGAUUUCCAGGUAAACAUUCACCUUUAAACAUUCACUUGUUCUUUCAUUCAUUCUGUUGCAAGGCAUCACUUUCCCACAGUACGCUGCAUUCAGGAGUUGCUUAGUAGAGCGUACAGUGUGUGGGAAGGCAGCGUGCAGAUUUGUGACUUCUUUACAAAGAUAAAGAUGAGCUGUGUCUGUACUUGCUUUCCAUAGGGAUUAGAAGCUUUUAAGUAUGGUCAAGAGGUUUUGUGUUUACAGAUUAUGAAGUUUGAUGAAAUAAAAUCAGAAUGGAACA